UACGAAUGUGAUGCUAAAUGUUCUCCUGAGCAGAAGGCAGCAGGCUGUGAGAAUGAAGGAUAUCUUGGCUGGUUGAAUGACCAGUGUGCGUGUAUAUGUGUACCAGGCCUAACAGGGGAAAGGUGUACAGAGUUUGAGGACCCAUCAAUACAAGCCCCAAUUGAAUGGCCCUCUGGUACAUUUGGACUGUUAAAUACAAGAGCUGGAUGUCCAGAUGACAUAUUCUUAGAUGGUGAAAGGCUUCACUAUGGGGAGAGUUCAGUAGAUACUCACUACGCUCGUAAUGGGCCAGAUGGAUCCAAUGGUCCAAAUUGGACCACAGAG